AACUACUUUUUAUUUCUAAACACAGAUGCAGCUGUGGCAAAUACCAAUGGUUCUAGUGUUCCAGUAGUUCCGACAAAAGAUGAGGCUCCACCAGCAAUUGUUAAACCGGAUUCUGAUACAAAUGCAGUUCCACCAGUUACAACAGCACCACCUACAGCUUCAAACACUGUUACAACAAAAUUACCAGAUCCAACUACUACAGUUAAGCCUGAAGCUGAUACUUCACCUACUACUACCACAACCGACAAACCUACAAUUACCCCUUCUACAGUAAAACCCGACAAUACUACUGUUAAACCUGAUAAUACAACUACGAUUCCCACUACUACAAUAAAACCUGAUACUACUACAACUACAACUACUACGGUUAAACCAACUCCAAUUCCAACUACUACAACAGUUAAACCUGAUCCUACCACUUCUACUGUGAAACCCAACUCAACUACUACAAUAAAGCCUGAUACAACAACAACAGCACCAGAGCCACCACCAUGUCAUCGUUUUGACAGCUCUUCAUUUAUCGGGGGUAUCGUUUUGACUUUAGGUCUAUUGGCCAUUGGUUUAGUUGCCUACAAAUUUUAUAAGGCACACAACGAACGUAAUUACCACACCCUUUGAGCCGCCAAUGCUUUUACUUCGGCAUUCAAUGCAGCAGCUAGUGAAACGUCGGGGGUGAAUGAUAAUGGUGCCGAGUGCAUACGUUUUAUGCAACCGUCAUUUCCAUUGCGUUCACCUCCACCUCAACCACCGCCGACACAGUCAUCACCAACAGCAAGACAACGGCUGCUGCAUACGUAAUCCAAAAUAUAAAUGAAUGCAAGCAAGUAAAUUAAAAAAGUAAAAAUUUAAAAAAAAAAUAUAUAAAAAUAGAAAAACUUUAUUAGUUGGAAAUAACCUGUAAAAUCAAUAAUUUAAUAUUCUUUUUUUUAUUAUGCAUACGUUCUCAAAAGCUCUGGAAAUUAUUUUAAGAAAAAUAAGAAACCAUAAUCAAUACAAAUUUAUAAAAUACGAAUACAAAUUAAAUUAAAGCAUAUUAGAAUUGCUUAAAAACUAAUAAAAUUGAAUAAUUCUUAG